UUUUCUUAAUACUGUAAAUACACAGGUGGCGGCAGCAUGUGUUGUCGUUUAUGUAAAUAAAACAGAAGUGAAACCUUGUGACUCUGCUCAGGUUCCCGGGCGAAACCAACAUCUGCAACACAAUGUUGAGCAGAUAGGUGGAGGAAAGUUUGGAUUUCAGACAGAGGUGCCAGCUGCGCAGCCAUGCCUCGCCUCAAUGCCGCCGCCGCGCUGCAGAUCGCGCUGCUGCUCUCCGCCGUGCCCGCGCAGUACUUCAUCACCCGGUGGAGCGGAUCCACCGCGGUGCAGCGCUACCACGCAACCACGCGGUUGCUUCGCAUAUGGACACAGUGGAGAGCGUCAUACCUUAAUGCUACUGCAUGGACUGACUGGACAAACCAGCAGUUUUCCAAAGUUAAGUCUCUGGUUGGGUUAGGACAAGAAGAGGAACAAACGUCUCCACCAGUAGAGACCAUGAUCUUUGAUAAUGAUCAGGGGUUCUUUGGAGGUUUGUGGAUUUCCACGAGUAUCUGCGUCUCAGGUCUUUUUCAGCCUCUAACAGCCUCCAAAGCAGUGCGUAGCCCUCGUCCCCCAUUUGUGUUUCUGCGGGUUGGGGAGGUGGUGAUGGAGAGGAAGGGCCACAUGGUCGGGGUGGUGGUGAGCUGGGACCCAGAACUGCGAGCUCCUCCGGAGUGGGUAGACAGAAUGUAUUCCAGUUCUGAGGACACAAAGGCAGAGAAGACGCCACAUUACAAGGUGCUGUUCAGCGGGCCUGGACCCUCCUCUCUGAUUGUGGCAUACUUGCCUCAAACACAGCUGGAGCGCAUCACAGGGAUGAGGCCAGACAUUCCCACCCUGGAGAACUACUUCACACAUUUUGACGGGACACGGUUCGUCAUGCAGGACUGGCUCAGAGAGCUCUUCCCAGAGGACGAGAAUGAGGACCGCUGACUGAGACGGCUUUCUCUUCGUGACUGGGCUCAGUCUGCAGGGAAGUUUCUUUAACUUAAAGGCCAAUGGGUGUGUAAAUCAGGGACACACACUGAAUCUCUCCUCGCCAGGACUCAAUGUUGAGACUAAUAUUGGUAUUAAAGAAACAAAUGCAAUAAAGUUGCCUUUAUUUUUAGAAGUUUGACAAUAUUCAGUAUUUUAGUUUAACAUGUGCAGAUGAUUUUAAUGAAAGCCACCUCACCGUUACAAUCUAAGUUAAAUGUUCUACAAAAUGCUUGAAAUCACCUUUUAGGAAUGUAUUUACAGGAUGGCCUUGGCUUUGGUAAUAACAAUGAAAUUUGCACUUGUGUUGAAAUGGUGAAAAUUGUGCAAUAAAGUGUUUUAAGACUUUC